AUAUGCCUCGCAUCGUUGAGUCGAGCGUUGAGGCCACUACGUCGGGAUCGCAGCGACGCCAUUCGCGAUGUUCCGCUCCAUCACGCACCUCCGCAGCCGCGCGGCCAUUGGCAAGGUCUCGCAUGUGUCUCGCGUGUUCUCGACCGCCGACACGUACCGCUUGACGGACCAAUUCGCUCGCCGCCACAUUGGUGCGGGUGAAGAAGACACUGCCGUCAUGCUGAAAAAGAUCGGUCUUAACUCCAUCGAAGAGUUGAUCCAUAAGACCGUGCCGUCGGAAAUCCGCUUGACCAAGCCCCUCGACUUGCCUGCCCCGAUGAGCGAAAGCCAAGCGUAUGCUGCGUUGAAGAAGAUCGCGUCUCGAAACAAGACGUACAAGUCGUUCAUCGGUGCUGGUUUCUACGACACGCUGACGCCGUUCGUGAUCAAGCGCAACGUCCUCGAAAACCCUGGCUGGUACACGGCGUACACGCCGUACCAGGCCGAAGUGUCCCAAGGCCGUUUGGAAAUGCUGCUCAACUUCCAAACCAUGGUGAGCGACUUGACGGGGUUCCCCGUCGCCGGUGCGUCCUUGUUGGACGAAGCCACCGCCGCCGCGGAAGCGAUGGCCCUUUGCAACGGCGCGUUCAACGGCAAGCGCUCCAAGUUUUUUGUCUCGAGCGACGUGCACCCCCAAAACUUGGCGGUGUUGAAGACCCGCGCUGAGGGCUUCAACAUCGAAUUGGUGGUGGGCAACCCGUUGACCGAUCUGGACUUUUCGUCCAAGGAGUACUCGGGCGCUCUCAUCCAGUACCCCAACACGUUCGGUUCCAUCGAAGACUACACCAAAUUGACGGAAGCUGCCAAGGCGAGCCAGUCGCUUGUCGUGGUGGCGACGGACCUCUUGGCAUUGACGCAAUUGAAGUCGCCCGCUGAGUUUGGCGCGGACAUUGCGGUCGGGUCAGCUCAACGCUUUGGGGUGCCUCUCAUGUUCGGUGGUCCCCACGCUGGUUUCAUCUCGACGUCGGAAAAGUACCAUCGCAAGCUGCCUGGGCGUAUCAUCGGUGUCUCCAAGGACUCUCGUGGCGAGCGCGCGCUCCGCAUGGCCAUGCAAACUCGUGAACAGCACAUCCGUCGUGACAAGGCCACGAGUAACAUUUGCACGGCCCAAGCGCUGUUGGCUAACAUGGCUGCCUCGUACGCCAUCUACCACGGCCCUGACGGUCUGCGCAAGAUCGCUUCGCGCACCAACUUGCUUGCGUCGACUCUGGUGGCUGGAUUGCCCGACCAUACGAAGGCGAAGCUGGUGAACAAGCACUUUUUCGACACGGUUGAACUCGAUUUGGCUGGGUCGGGCGUCAACGGCGCCGAAGUGCAGCGCCGCGCCAACGCCCAUGAAAUCAACGUGCGCGUGUUGAGCGAAUCGCGUGUGAGUGUGUCGUUUGGUGAAAGCGCCGAAUUGGAAGACGUCGGCAAGCUCUUGUACGCAUUGGGCGCGAACGAAGUUGUGUCCGCUUCUGCCUUGGACUCGUUGAAACCCGCGGCGGCCAAGAUCCAGUCUGCGAGCAUUCCUGCGACACUCAAGCGCACGUCGCCGUUCCUUGUACACCGCGUGUUCAACUCGAAGCACUCGGAAACCGAACUCAUGCGUUACCUCAAGACUUUGGAAGACAAGGAUUUGGCGCUCAACACGUCCAUGAUCUCGCUUGGGUCGUGCACGAUGAAGUUGAACGCGGUGGCCGAGCUCGAGCCCGUGUCGUGGCCCGAGUUUACGAACGUCCACCCGUUCGCCCCCGAAGAACAAACGUUGGGGUACUUGGAAAUGAUUUCGACCUUGCACAAGGCGCUGGCGGAAAUCACUGGCUUCGCCGCCGUGUCGUCGCAGCCCAACUCGGGCGCGCAAGGCGAGUACGCCGGUCUCUUGGCCAUCCGUGAAUUCCACAAAGCCAACGGCGAAGGCCACCGCAAUGUGUGUUUGAUCCCGGUCUCUGCCCAUGGCACGAACCCUGCCAGUGCCGUCAUGGCCGGCAUGAAGGUCGUCGUGGUCAAGUCGGACGAUGCCGGGAACGUUGACCGCGUCGACUUGGAAGAAAAGGCCAAGAAGCACGCGCAUGAACUCGCCGCGUUCAUGAUCACGUACCCUUCGACCUUUGGUGUGUUUGAAGAAGGCGUCAAGGACAUGUGCGCGCUCAUUCACAAGCAUGGCGGCCAAGUCUACAUGGACGGUGCCAACAUGAACGCCCAAGUCGGUUUGUGCAACCCUGGCGGGAUUGGCGCCGACGUGUGCCACUUGAACUUGCACAAGACGUUUUGCAUUCCUCACGGUGGCGGAGGUCCUGGUGUCGGAUCGAUCGGUGUCGCGGCCCACUUGGCUCCGUACUUGCCUGGUAACCCCGUCGUGUUGACCGGUGGCGAAGGUGCCAACGUCGUCAAGAAGGCCGACUUGACUGUGAGUGCCGGUCCGUUCGGGUCCGCUGGCAUCCUCCCCAUCUCGUGGAUGUACAUCCACAUGUUGGGCGAAGCUGGCUUGGUCAAAGCGACGUCGCACGCCAUUUUGCAUGCCAACUACAUGGCCAAGACGCUGGAAGACCAUUACGACAUUGUGUUUCGAGGCAAAAACGGAACGUGCGCGCACGAAUUCAUCAUUGACAUUCGCCCGUUCAAAGCGCACGGCAUCGUCGAAGAAGACGUGGCGAAGCGUCUCCAGGACUUUGGCUUCCACUCGCCGACCAUGUCGUGGCCCGUUGUGGGAACGCUCAUGAUUGAACCGACGGAAAGUGAAAACCUGGCCGAAAUGAACCGAUUCUGCCAGAGUUUGAUCUUGAUCCGUCAAGAAAUCGAAGACAUCGUCCAAGGCAAGAUCGCCGUCGAAGACUCGCCGUUGAAGCACGCCCCGCACACGGUCGACGUGGUGACUGCCAACACGUGGGACCGCAAGUACUCGCGCACCCAAGCGGCGUUCCCCGCCCCGUGGCACAACGAAGGCAAGACCAAGGCGUUCUGGCCGACCGUCGGCCGCGUCGACAACGUGUUUGGUGACCGCAACCUCGUCUGCUCGUGCCCACCCCUCGACUCGUACAUUGAAGAAUAAUCGUAAUGCGAAUUUUACCUUGCUUGGCUCUCGUGGCGGCUCUCGUUGGAAGCAUCCAGCGGGUGGUUUUGUGUGGGAGUUUGGAAAUAAUUGCA